AACAAAGUCUCUCUCAUUGUUUUGUCUCUCCCUUUGAUUUUUCAUUGUGCAAAGAUGCCCAGCCUUUUCUCCAAACACCUCCACCUCUGUUUCUUGAAGCUCAAAUACCCCACCAUUCUCUGCCAACCUCACCACAGCGAUCACACCCCACCACCCUCUUCUUCCGACAACUCCACAAUCUUCCCCUUCACCGACACCACCACCACCACCUCCUCCGGCUCCUCCACUGAGCCAGACUUCGCCUCCAUCUUCGCCUCGCAGCGCUUCUUCUUCUCCUCCCCGGGCACCUCCAACUCCAUCGUCGAGUCCCCCGACACGCGCACCUUCAUGAUCCCCACCGGUGGCGGCGUCAGAGUCCCCAAGUACUCCCUCAACCCCUACGUUGAUUUCCUCCGCUCAAUGCAGGAAAUGAUCCGUUCUCGCCAAGUCUUGGACAUCACUAAAGACUCCGAAUAUCUCCACGAACUUCUCCUUUGCUACCUCGCUCUCAACCCUACACACACUCACAAGUUCAUCCUUCGCGCAUUCACCGACCUCGUCCUCCAACUAUUGUCCUCCGCCCCGUGUCUGACGCACAACCACAACCACCACCGACGCCACCGUAGUCUCUCCGGAAGGUUGCUGUAAAAAACAACAACAUUAACUUAUUAACACGAGGUUCGUUUCAAGUCAUUUUAUUUUCUUACGAGAUAAAAGAAGAUAUCUGUGGUACCAACAUGGUGUUAUUACAUAUCACAGAUAAUCUUGUUUCUUAAGCAUAUCAUCAGAUUCAAUUAUUAGUCUGUAUGUAUGAAAAAAAAUCUGUUGAAAGAGAUCAAUCCCUUAAAUGAAUCUAAAAGUUUGUCAUUGGCUCUCCACUAAGUGAUACGUGAUUCAAAAAAAUAUAUUUGGGGUUGUAUGAUCCGCUUUGUUGGGAUUAUUUUUGUAACUUUGGUAAUAGUGGGAGCAGGGUGGCGUUUGUAUUUUGAUGAUCAAAAAGACAAAGUUAGCGAAACCAAGGAGGGAUGAAUGCCGUUUCAUUAUAAUAUAGAGUACCCGUAAUAGUGCUGCUGCUUUUUGUU